ACCUAACUAACUGUAGCACGCAGUCAGUCGCUGUUGCAGCAAUAAACGUUGAGCUGCUGUACAGACAGAGAGAGCAGAGAGAGCAGAGCAGACCUACAACAUCCGGGCAAUAGGCAGCUUGCGCAGAAACGGAAUGGCGGAGGUGGGUGAAGAGCCCCUGAAGAGGAGUGUGGAGGUUGUGGCCUAGUGGAGAGUGGAUGAGGUACAGUGAUGAAGGCCCUCAGCAGGAGAAGCAGAAGUCUGAAGAGGCCUUAGAGGAGCUGCAGGAGAAGUUUCGCCCCAUGAAGAUGGCAGCGCAGUCCCACACUGCCGGUGAGCUUCCUUUGGAGGAGCUGCUGGCUCUGUACAGCUACACAGUGUCAGAUCCAGAGAAGGAGACCUGUCACAUGGCUGCCAGCCUGCCGGACAUGACACUGGACAAGGAUCAGAUGACUGAGGAUCUCUUUCCUGGGGAGGAGGAGGAGGAGGAAGAAGAAUCAUCAGCUGAUGAUCUCACCCCCUCAGUCAUCUCGAACACCUCAGACCUGCUCCACCGCCUACAAGGUCGAGACAAAGGCACAUUAGUCAGCUCAUCAGAUGAGGACUCCGACGAUGCCUCUACUCCCUCCAAUGAAGAGCACAAGGAGAUCAUGGUCGGCUCCAUGUACCAGGCUAAAAUCCCUCCACUCAGUUCAGAUACCUUCCAGGAGACAGACUGCAGCAGUGAGGACCAGUUGCUGUGGAAGCCAGGUGUUCUGCCGGUGCAGGAAGUGGAAGAGUUCCUGCUGAAUGCACAGAGACCAUAUGGCCAGGGGGGGGCAGCAUGCACGCAAACACAAGGACACACUGUCCGAGACAACCAACAGGCACUGUAUGAACUGGUGAAAUGCAACUUCAAUCGAGAAGAGGCACUGAGACGAUUACGCUUCAAUGUGAAAGUGUUCAGUGAAGAGCUUUGUGCCUGGAGUGAGGAGGAGUGUAGGAGCUUUGAGCACGGCUAUCGGGUUUACGGGAAAAACUUCAACCUCAUUCAGGCUAAUAAGGUACGAACGCGCUCCGUAGGGGAGUGUGUGGAGUAUUACUACAUGUGGAAGAAGUCGGACCGUCACGAGUACUUUACCCAGCAGGCCACCAGGCUCAGCCGCAAGAAGUUCAGCCUGCAGUCAGGGAGCAUGGAGGAUGGAGACCAGGACGGGGAGGUCGGGGAGCUGGAGGGAAGCAACAACUCCUCAGGUUUGUUGUCUCACAGCACCAUGGGCAGCGGACAGCUGGAGUCAACAUUACCUCCCCAGUCGAGUUUGGAUCUGGACAAACGAGGUAAACAACCGUCCCCGCCGCAGACGAACUCCCCGCUUUCUCUUAAAGCCAUGAACUUGGUCCAGACAGGCCACUGAACGCAGGCUGGGCCUGCAGGUAAAGAAGAUGGUGAGCUGGUGAUGGAGCUGUCAGACUUGUGUGGAGACGGAUGUCCUCAGCAGCUGUUCGGCUGUCCCUUCUCUCUCCCGCCCAUGGACGACCUCGGGGAUCCUGGCUCGGGCAGUUGUUGUCCCUCAACUCUAGUUCAGCUCCGGUCCCAGCCCUCCCCCCGGAGCUCCCAGUGGGCCGGCGGGAGCCCCCCGUCCUGCCACGACGACCAUCGCCUACCAGGCUCCUGUUUUUACCAGCUGCACAUGUGUAGUGGACCUUUUGUUUCCGAGGGCCCUGACUGUGAUGCAGCGGGCGGCGGGACCGGCUCCCACCACGGGCUGCAGGUGGAGUUCAGCCUGCCGUCUGCCUCACCUCCCUCAUCUUCUGUCCUCCCAUCACACUUCCAAGCACUUGGCAGCCUGCUGCACUCCUCUCCCGUCCAGCAUCCCCGCUCUCUCACACAGUGAAGGGAAAAUCAGAACUGAGUGGUACUCUUCACGGUUUGUGCCGAGAUCUUUGAUCGGCGUUGGUAUUUGAAGAAACCAGGACAAAAAGUGCAUUUACCUGACUUUCAUGACAAAGGAUGGACCUACAGUACUACCUGUGUCGGGUUACUCGUCUGUCUGAAGCCUCUCUUUUUAAACUGAGACACUUGAACCCUCUGUCCAUUGUGGAAUGAUGAGCGUUAAUCACUACUUUCAGGUGUUGAUCAUGUGUUUAUUAACAGUUUAUUACCACGACCUGCACCAGGGCAGAGCUAUUGAUUAAUACGUACUUGUGAAAGCACAGUGCAGGCGAUGAGUGCUGCAGUGACCAUGCAAACAAACCAGAAGCAAGUGGCUAGCAGUCCUUUUUUUUUUUUUUCUAAAACCAGAUCAAUGAUUGACAAUGUUAACCACUGUUUCUUUGUUUUCUUAUUUAUCAGGAUGGAAAAGUUUAAUUGCAACUCAGAUUUCAUCCAAACUUCUUCCAGCUCGAGCCAAUCAUGUGUUUCUUUAGGUAUUUUCUGCAUAUUGCUCUUUUGCCGCUGCAGCCAUGUGAGAUCUGUCUCUGGAUAGUUGCUGACAGACGCUGACAUGGUUGCUGGAAAUAUUUAAUUAAGCAUUAAGUUUAAAGGGGACAUAUCUGGAAAAACUCACUUUUUCAGUGCUUGUGCUCAUACAUUUGGGUAUCUGGAGAGUCUACCAAACCCACAAACUGUGAAAUAAGACAACCCAGUCAGUUUUUUUGUGG